UGUUUCUGCUAAGUUUUCCUCUACUUCUACAUCUGUUCGGUUUCCAAGUGCAUUAAUGGGCGGUGAUUUAGCUAUGCCAAUGCAAAAUAAUCCUUCUACAGGAACUCAACUUAUUACACAACAAAUGCUUAGUCAAGCCUUUGCCGUUGCUUUAGGCGAGACACCAGCUCAACCAACAUCUAAUUCACAGCAAGGUUCAUCUAUCCAACAAACAAGCACAUCACAAAAUGAGGGAGAAAACAACGAUCCAAGGGCCAACUUUGCCACACAACUUCAACAAAUGCAUGAAUUUGGUUUUACUGAUGAUAAUGAAAAUAUUCAGGCACUUUUAUUAACUAAUGGGGAUGUUGAACAAGCAUUACAAAUUAUAAUUGCGAUGAGAGAAUAA